GCAAUGAAUGGCCCAUGAAGUACCUAUUAGUCCAGUCCCACUCCUCAAUCAUCCCCUCAUAAUUAGCACGCUUUUUUUUUUUUUCACGAACCAUGUAACCCUCGUUGCGUGUACCCAAAGCGGUAAAAUUUGCCCAGUCCUAGUUGCUCGGUAUAUGGUGACCCUGUUUUGCUCUAGUUUCUCUGUAGUCGGGAUGUGUUUGGCCUUGUUAUCUCAUCUUCAAGGAUGGAUUGAAGAGGUAGGGCCAUGGAGAGUCACUCUGGGUGGGAUGGAUGAAAUGUGUCGGGUGUGCAUGUAUGUCUGUGUACUUUCGAGGGAUGUGAGCAAGGCGGUUGGACGCUGCAGAAUCAUGAAUGUCGGCUACUGCACGCACUUUGAACCUUUUCGCGCGCUUUCUUCCGUAAUGUGUAAUCCUCAGAAAGUAUCACGGAAACCCACAUUCUGCGAGGUAUGAAGCCG